CUCUAGCAAUUGCAGAAAGAAGAAGCGGAGGAGAAGAUCUACGAAUCUCGUAAAACAAAGAAAAUUUUAGAAAUGACGGAGCUUUCAGAAACGUACGUUUGCGUUCCGUCAACGGAGCGAGGCCAAGGGAUCUUAAUCUCCGGAGAUCCCAAGUCGAACUCUAUCCUCUACUGCAAUGGCAGAUCCGUUAUUAUUCGUUACCUCGACAGGCCUCUUGAAGUUUCUAUCUACGGUGAGCAUGCUUACCCGACCACUGUCGCUCGCUACUCUCCCAAUGGUGAGUGGAUCGCUUCUGCCGAUGUUUCUGGGACCGUUAAAAUCUGGGGGGUGCAUAAUGAUCACGUCCUCAAGAAUGAGUUUAGGGUUCUUUCUGGUCGGAUCGAUGAUUUGCAGUGGUCGCCUGAUUGCCAGAGGAUCGUAGCUUCCGGUGACGGCAAGGGCAAAUCCUUCGUCCGGGCUUUCAUGUGGGAUUCAGGCUCUAAUGUGGGGGAGUUUGAUGGCCAUUCAAAGCGUGUUUUGAGUUGCGCAUUUAAGCCAACAAGACCAUUUCGCAUUGUCACAUGCGGCGAGGAUUUUUUGGUGAACUUCUAUGAAGGGCCACCAUUUAAAUUCAAGCUCUCUCACAGGGACCAUUCAAAUUUUGUCAAUUGUGUCAGAUUUGCUCCUGACGGAAGCAAGUUCAUCACUGUAAGCUCAGAUAAGAAGGGGAUAAUGUAUGAUGGCAAGACUGGAGAAAAGAUUGGAGAGCUGUCAUCCGAAAAUGACCAUAAGGGCACCAUAUAUGCUGUUAGUUGGAGUCCUGAUGGUAAACAGGUGCUGACCGUUUCUGCUGACAAAACUGCAAAAAUAUGGGAAAUCUCUGAGGAUGGUAAUGGGGAGGUGAAGAAGACACUGGCAUGUCCUGGAUCAGGAGGAGUGGAUGAUAUGCUUGUUGGAUGUCUUUGGCAGAAUGACCAUCUUGUUACUGUUUCCCUUGGUGGUACAAUUAAUUUAUUUUCAGCAAGUGAUACAGAUAAAACCCCACUAUCAUUGUCUGGUCACACGAAGAGUGUCAGUUCAUUAGCUGUACUGCAAAGCAACCCAAAGGUCAUCUUGUCUAGCAGCUAUGAUGGUGUAAUUGUUAGAUGGAUUCAAGGCAUCGGAUACAGUGGUAAAUUACAAAGGAAAGAGAGUACUCAAAUUAAAUGUUUUAUUGCUAUUGAAGAAGAGAUUGUUUCAUCUGCAUUUGAUAAUAAGGUAAGUAGAAUUCCUUUGCUUGGGGAUCAAUGUGGAGAGGCGGCAUCCAUUGAUGUUGGCAGUCAGCCUAAGGACCUGAAUUUUGUGCUUCAUUGUCCUGAACUUGUUUUGAUUUCAACUGAUUCAGGAGUUGUUCUACUUCGUGGAUCCGAAGUAGUUUCAACAGUCAACCUUGGGUUUUCUGUGACAGCAGCAACAAUUUCACCUGAUGGAAGUGAAGCUAUUGUGGGUGCACAGGAUGGUAAAUUGCAUGUAUAUUCUAUCAAAGGUGAUACACUUACUGAAGAAACUGUCCUCGAGAAGCAUCGGGGUGCUGUAAGUGUCAUACGUUACUCCCCUGAUGCUUCUAUGUUUGCUUCUGGGGAUCUUAAUCGAGAAGCUGUUGUUUGGGACUGUGUCUCUCGAGAGGUGAAGCUUAAAAAUAUGUUGUACCAUACUGCCCGUAUAAAUUGUCUGGCUUGGUCUCCUGAUAACACCAAAGUCGCAACCGGAUCACUUGACACAUGUGUUAUCAUAUACGAAGUUGAUAAGCCUGCUUCGAGUCGAAUAACCAUUAAGGGAGCUCACCUGGGUGGUGUAUAUGGAGUGGCUUUCACGGAUGAGUCCAGUCUGGUGAGUUCAGGAGAGGAUGCAUGCGUGCGAGUGUGGAGGUUGAUACCACAGUAAAGUGUGGGAAUUCAAACAGAUCAGGCUGAAAGUAAGAAUUUAGGCAACUGUGAAAUGCUUUUUUUGUGCAGGUUUUGUUUUUUAUGAGUUUGUCCCUUGCAUUGGGGG